GAAACGCACUGAGAGCUGUGUCGUCAGCUUCAAACCGCCUCACCUGGCCACGGCCGAGUCGUCGUGCCUUGCCUUCUGCGCUUCGGAGAAGCGCAGAUCGAGCGAUGACGCCGGUGGGAAGGGCCUUGGGCAGUCUGAAGCACUUGGAAUCGCUGGAUGGCUUGCGCUAUUUGGCCUCCCUCCAGGUGGCUUUGAGUCAUUUGAACUUUCUCUGGCAUCCCUUGGUUUGGGCGGCCAUGUGGACUCAAUUCUUCUUCCUCCUAAGUGGCUUCGUCCUCGCCUAUGCAGAGAUGAUGCGACCAGCAGGGCAGCAGGAACUCUCAGUGCUGCGAUACACCUUGCGGCGCCUGCGGAACCUCUACCCACCCUACCUGGCGAUUCUUCUCAUCUCGAUGGUGCAAUGGUCCCACAGCGACUUCGAGUGGCACACGGUGAUUUUCAAUUUGCUUCUCUUGCAGGCAUGGUUCCCCCUGAUCGAUCGACAGAUGCAUCCUCCCCGCCCGAUCGCCGUGUCUUGGGUGGCGGUCGCGUGGUUCUUGAGUGCCCUGAUGCUCUAUUGGCAGCUGCUGCGGCCUGCGGCCCGGCUGGCCCGGAAGAUGAGCAUGAGAGUGGCACUGGUAUCUCUGUUUGGUUUGUGGCUAUGUACGAUCCUGAUCCUUCUGGCUUGGUCCCUAGGUGGAGUCCAUGAUUCAGACUUCAUGCUGGCAAUCUUGAAGUUUGGCCCGUUAGGCUAUAUUCACGUCUUCCUCAGUGGCGUGGUCCUAGCACGUGUUUUCGUGCUGUUGGUCUGUGUGGAUGCAGCGACUGGGGACACGCCCGACGCGGAGACGGAGGACUUUGAGCUGAGCACAGGCCAGCUGCCAUGGAUCCUGGAGUUUGGAAGCUGCCUCGCCCUGGUGAUCUAUGUGCUCAUCGUGAUGCUGCGUUUGGAUCCCUGGAAAGCCACCGGGUUUUACGCCUUUUGCCACAACGGAGGAAUCUUGCCGAUCAUGUGCCUGCUGCUGCUGGCUUGCGCCACCGAGGAGGAUGCCAUGGUGCCGUUGCUCACGUCGCGCGUGGGCAAGAUGCUGGGGCGGAUCUCCUACUGCCAAUAUUUGGUGCAGACGAACCUGGAACAAGCGGUGAGGCCUUGGCUGGAUCUGGCAGUGCAGCAUGGCAUUGGCCUGUGGGUCGGCCUGCCGGUGUAUUUGCUCACCUUGGUCUUCACCGCCUACGUCUUUGAGGCCUUGGUGUCUGCCCUGGUCCGAAGGGCCCAGGACCUCGCCACAGCAGCUGUGGAGAAGUGUGAGGGCUCCUCCAUUGAGAGCAGCUCCGAGGAAGAGAAGUCUCUCCAGUGAGAUGGAGAAAGUGAGAGAGAGAGAGAGAGAGCCAGGUAGGACUGCAAAAAAGUGCACCUCACCGUAUCCUAUUCACUGCCAGGCUGCAGUUCGACACUUU